AUGGCAGAAUCUGAGGAUAGUUCAGCAUCGCCGGACAGUACGACGAGAGAGCGUCUUGGAUUUGUUCAUGGUGAAGAUGUUCUCCUUCAACACAAAGAUGGAAAAUACUAUCUUGGAACGAUUGUUGAGGUGGAUCUGGCAAGAGAAAGAUGUCUUGUUAAAUUUUUGGAUAAUACAUCCUCCUGGUCAUCGGUUAAAGAGCUGACAAAACUUGCAUCAGAGUCGGAUGUUACAUGUGUACUAUGUAAAAAGUCUCAGCCCAGAACUGACAAUGACAUUAUUACCUGUGACAAAUGUGGUCGUGGUUAUCACCAGUUCUGCCAUCAGCCUCAAAUCAAGAAAGAGGAAACACUUCCCGAUGCACAAUGGAAGUGUAAAAAAUGUUAUGACUGCAAUGUCACUGAGCCUAAGCUACAAAAAGAAAUAAAAAAGUCUAUGGUUAAGCCAAACAUCAGAAAAGUUUGUAGUGGCAGAGAUCAACCACUUCCUCCACCGGAAGAUACAACUAAGUUACCGUAUGAUCCUGAAAUGCUGAAUUGGGAUUCUCAUCAUAGAGUAAAUGCUGAGCAAAUUUACUGUUAUUGUGGCUUGAACGGAGAGUGGUACACCCAGAUGUUGCAGUGCGCUCGCUGUAAACAAUGGUUCCAUGAGAAAUGUAUAGGCUGUUUAUCCUACCCUCUUUACAGUGGAGACAGAUUUUAUGUAUUUGUUUGUUCGAUGUGCAAUUAUGGCAAGGAAUUUGUACGACGAUUAGAAUUAAAAUGGGUAGACCUUGUUCACUUAAUGUUGUACAAUCUAACAGUUUUCAAUGCAAAAAAGUACUACGAUUUAGAUACUGUAAUUGUACCAUACGCAAACGAUAAUUGGAACACAUUACAAUUACCAUCAAGAAUUCGCAAUGUAAGUGCACAGGUCCGUAGGGAAUCCAUACUCGCGAUAUUAACAAACAAUAGGAAUAGGUUUAAGUGUGGCAGAGAAAUAAAGAAACGCACGACGAUUUGGGGUUUGAGGGUGAGAUUACCUCCUCCCUGUCCAGUCGUCAAUCUUCCCACGACUGGUAUUAUCGACGACUCUGUACUGCGGUGUUGCUGGGGUGCUAAUAAUAGACUGCAAUUUCUUUCUCCAACCUCUGGGCCUUUGUCUUUGUCAGAAAGUACAAAGCAAUUACAUACCUUGAAACAGAGUUUGGCGGAGAGCUUAGAGAUACCUGUAAAUCCAUCAGAUGUAGUUAUGCGUGGUACAAUCUAUCAAAAUUCAGAGGCUGACCAAAGCUCUGGUCCUAGUCCGACCAAUCAGUUAUCUCAGACCUUGAGAGAAAGAUACAGCGGAGGUGGUUUCGUGAAGAAGUCUUUCCCAUUCCCAAAGCUCAGCCUGCAGAGGCGACGACGACUUAUGGCACUCGGUAGCUCGCGCGAGCGGAUGCUACGUAAGCACAAGAAGCGAGAUAAGCUUGGGGGGGAAGGAUCGAUAAAGGCCCUGGGCAUCAGGGAGGCUAGGUAUCGUAAGGCCAGGAAGCUGCUGAAGAAUGCUAUAUCUGCCAAGAGCAAAUCUCGUACGGUGGAAGCCUCGGAGCUGCUACCCCCGACGCCACCCACUUCGGUCUCGGGGCCACCGACGCCACCGGCAACGACAUCCUCAGGCAUGUCGGAGCUCUCCGUUCCGAGCUCCAUAGAUCUGAUGCAUCCGCUACAGGUGCCGACACCCUCGACCCCGGCGGAUACGAGCGGCGACGAGACGAGCUCGCGGGGUACCCUCGACUCCUUCAUCCCGCCGCCCAAGGACUUCGAGGGCAAGAACAACCCCUUCAGAAAUCUCAGCGAGCUCCUCGGCGUGGUCGUCUCCUCGCCCGCUUCAUCCUCGCCGCUCACCGCCGCCUGCCAGGGCUCGAACACCGGCGGCUGCCUCAAUGGCGCGAACUGCAGUGGCUCCGCGAUAAUGCCCAUCUACAAUCAGUGCCCGAUAACGUUGCCGUUGCCCCUCACCCCUGUCAUAUCACAACCGCCAAUCCUGCGCCCUACCAAGAGGCAGCUCUCCGAGAAGGACAUCAUUAUCGACAGAAACGGCCAAGUGAAAAGGAGGAGACAGCACAGACGCGGUCGACCACCCCAGCAGCAACAGCAGCAGCAGCAGCAGCAGCAACAGCAGUCACUGGGAUACCAGCAGACGGCGAGCAAGACGGCCGCGAUCCUGCCGCCGCGCAACAGCGAGGUGAAGGCGAGCGAGUUCGGGCGCAGUCUGCGCAGCUCGUACGCCUCGAGUUCCAGUAGCCAGGUCGGCAACUACGUGAGCUACGCCCUUAAUGGGCGCCGACUGCGCCAGCGCGGUCCCAGCACGGACAAGCUUCUGCCACCGGGCCAUCAUCCCGAGGCCGGAUCCGUCUCGAAGAAGCCCCAGCAGCAGGCGCCGACCCUCGUACCCUGCGGCAACUGCAGCAGCAGCCUCCCCAGCUCGCCGACCAAAUGCUCGCCCGUCAAGCAGAGCGCUCCCGACAUAUCCAUGGACGACCUUAAAUCCUCGGUGAACAUGUACUUUGGCGCCGCGAACAGGAUCGCUUCCGGCGAGAAGUUCGUCGUCAAGGCCAAACGAAGCGGGCCCAACGGCCGAGCCCAGUAUCUCAUCGAAUGGGAGGGCCCGACCACCUAACGAUUUUAAUUGCAGGCCGCCACUGUUACGCGUCUUAAGCGCUCGCCUGCUGCUCGCCGAGUACGUAGUCCUCCUUCUCUUUGCUUAUUCGUUGUUUUAGCCGUUCGCUCCCUCGUUCCCUCGUUCCCUCGUUUCAUCGCUCCUUCGCUCCUUCGCU